CAAUCAGGUACUCUCAAUUCCAACGUAGUAGGCAUCGGCACCGAAGUUUCAUCCCGCAUAGCCGACAAUGGCAUCAAGAAAGAAAGCGGAUGAAGAGAAGCUAAAAAAGCGCCGGCUGGCCCGGUUUCGCUUCAAGCGCUUGGUGCACGUGGUCAUAUGCAACCGCUACUGGAUCACCGAAAUCGAGGACCGUGAAAUCGGCAACAACGUGACCCGCAAUGUCGCCGUCAUUGACCGUCGCCUAACGCACAAAGGAACGCUCACCAUAAUCGAAAAGAAAAUCCUCAACAGUCCACCGGCCGAGCGAACCCGCGAGCAGCGGCGUGUGCUGCGGACCGUGCUGCGCAAGAUAGAAUGUCUCCAGGAGCUGACGGUGGACCAGCUGAACGAUCUGGCCGGCUGUGCCACAUUCGAGUACUUCGGGCCGGGUCGGGUCAUCUUGCGCGAGGGCCACCAUCCGAAUGGCGUUUACUUUCUGGCAAAUGGUGAAAUUACCGUCAGUCGGCUACGCUGGGACAGUAUCUACCUCAGACACAACGAUACACCGUGCGGUACGAGGACGCGGGGGCAAAUGUUUGGCGAAAUUGCACUCCUGCACGAUUGCCCCCGCACGGCAACCUGCACCACAGCAACCGACUGUGAAUUACUGUGCCUUUCGCGGGCCGAUUUCGAUCGCAUCCUCAAGCACACGCUGCUCGACCGCUGGCGCCAACUGCAGCUCGCACUGGAGCGGUUUGAUUACUUCAAAUAUUGGACCAACGAUCAGGUGCGGGAAUGCUGUCUGCUGAGCCGAAUCGUUGCCUUCGACACGCAGCAGAAGCUUCCGGUCGAUGGUGACGCACGGUACACGUACUUCGUGCUGAGCGGCCAGUGCAUGAUAUUGCAGUGCCUGACGGUGGCGAAGGUGCACGGCACGUACCGGCUUGUACCGAUUGCGACUAACGAAUCGGCCGCCGCUGAGCAAACGUCACGCGAUGCCAGCGCGCCACCGAUGGUAAAGUGUCUUUUGACGCGCUUUUCGAUAACAUUUUGGAACCACCUUCCCGCUGGUUUUAGUGUCGUAAUGCCUCUCCCGCCCCCGCCUCCUUUGCAGCAACCAACGAUCGAGCAUCGGUUCAUUGACGUGGGCACAUUUUCGUGCGGCUCGGUGUUUGGGCUCGGCGAACCAAUGCCGCACCGGAUGGUGGUCGCCCGGAACCGGGUGCAGUGUUUGGUGAUACCGCGCGGCUGGCUGUUUGAGAAGCAGCAGAACGUGGGCAACACCUGGCAGCGCAUUCGCAUGAAGCUGGAGAUGACCAUCCAGCGGGACCGGCUGUUCGAGCAGUUUGUGCGCGACCAGCGCUGGCAGCGCUACCGGAAGGCGCUGGUGCGCGAGUACGUUCGGCUGCAUCCGCGCCAGAACGCCACGCAGCUAGCGGACGUACCGAUCAUGUGCCGGGUGGAGCAGGGCGAGAUUUAGGGCGUCUUUUAGUCGGGGAAGGAGGAGGAGGAGGAGGAAGAAUUCCGGUCUUUAAGAUAAUCGGUUUGCUGAUGGAGCUGGGAAAAGGCGAAAUUAGCUCGUUCUGUGCGACAAUUGGAUGCUUCUUGCUGGAUUAGAUAUCAAUUGGGAAGCGCGUCGUUGGAAGAUAAAAUUUUAUGCCCCUGCUUAUAUGCGCACUAUGGCACGGUGUGUCGAAGGAAGUUGGACAGGUGUUAAUA